AUGGCUUCUCAACCCCUUAUUUCUCUUGUUGUCGAGUUCUCCGGUGGCCUGGAGAUGCUCUUCUCCGAUGAGCGUCAGCACAAGCUCCAGGUCCCUGCCACAGACGAAAAGGGAAACGCCGUCACCGUCGGAUGGCUCGUCAACUAUCUCUGCGAGGAGCUCAUGAAAGAUGCAAGGAAGGAGAUGUUCAUACUGGAUGGUCACGUCCGCCCGGGAAUCCUGGUACUGAUCAACGAUGCCGACUGGGAGUUAGAGGGCGAAGCUACUUACGCCCUGCAACACAAUGACAAUAUUCUCUUCGUCUCAACUCUACAUGGAGGCUAA